AGACGAUUGUUUUCAGUUUCCAUCGGCUGUUCCACCGGGUGGGUCGCGCGUGUUUAAUUACUUUUGAUCUCACACUAUUAGAUAAAACGUUUGCAUUUGUUUGCUCUCCGGUGCCGCGGACGAGAGCGCCUAUUGAAGCGUAUUUUGCGUACAUACCUGUCUUCUGGCCGGUCCGGUCUGAUGUGUAUACCUGUUGAUGUUUUGUGUGUGCAUACGCUUAAGGUGUGCGUGAUGACUUAGAGAACGGCUGCGCCUACUUAUUUAUGCGACUUCGUCACUUACUACAGCGGGAUAGCCAUGAAGUCACCGCGGCAACUGUGGGAGCAAAAGUUGAUCAUUGGAAAUCAACAUUGUCUGCUAGUUUUUUGAACGACAAAAGUUGCAAAAGUGAGUGCUUUGCGAAUGAUUUUGAAGAUGAAACUAGUGAUCUGAGAAAUUGUUACCCGAAACGUGCGGCUCAGUAAAGCGCAAAAAAGAAGCAUCUGUAUUCAGCUCAGAAAACUUUAUAGCUCAAACCUGUAAUUUGGGGGAGAAAACUUGCCCGAAACAAAGUGAGCGAUAGAGUAUGGAAAAAAGGUGAUAACAUUUCGGCGAAGCGAAGAACAGCCUCCGAAAAGAUUAACCGAAUCAACGGAUUGGUUAUUUGCUUGUCAUUUCCGCUGUGGAUUAUCCGGAUUGAUGCACAUCCUACUGUGUAUGGGAAAGUUCUUGAAGUGUUGAAAAGACGGAAAAGGGGUUUCCAGACCUCGUCGAUCCCCAAAAUCAACCCGACCCCAGGGGUCGAUAUCGGCCGCUUCAAGAAACACUGAUUUAAAGGCUAGAAAAACAGAUUCAUUUUCAGAAUGGUCAAACUGUACAGUAUCAUAAUUUCGGCGCUAGCUAUUGCAGGCGCCGCAUAUUCCGAAAGUUGUGGCGAAAAGUUUCGUGGCAAAUGUAACUGUGGCUUGCAAGUAUACAACUACCAAACACGUUAUGUGGUGAACUGCACCGAUCAAGGCUUUCGGGAUACGACAGUAUUGGAGUAUCUUCCCCCACAGACAGAAGUGAUCAUCUUCACCGGGAACUACAUCGAGGAGCUUCCAUGGAACGUGUUCGGAGCGAUAAACGAUUUGGUGAAUCUAACUAUCGUUGACAUGAGUAACAAUCACAUACAUGAAAUACGCGGCAAAACAUAUCAUCAUGUACCGAACGUUAAGCGUUUGAUUCUGAAUCACAACAAUUUAAGCAUUUCAAGGUUCGACGAUGACGAAUACAACCAUCACCAUCCGAGGGUGUUCUCGAACUUCAUUAAUUUGAUGGAGCUACAUUUGACGAAUGCAUUUUCGGACAACACUUCCGCCGAACUGUCAGCCGAUCUUCACGACAUUUUUGUUAGCAGCAAUCUGACGAAGCUAGUUAAACUUCACCUGGAACAAAACGAGAUUUCCAAGUUCAAUGACAAAAGAGUGUUCUGCGAUCUGCCUUCCCUGCUGGACCUACAUCUUGGAGAUAAUCUUCUCAAAGAAAUCAAUUUCAACAUCACCUGUCUACAGAAGUUGCGUUUCCUUGAUCUGGAACGCAACAAGUUCGAAGCGUUGCGACCACAUGAUAUGAACAUGAUGGACACACUCCAGGCUCAACAGGGACGGUCUAUCAAUUUUCUAGUAGAUUUCACCUUCAAUCCAUUCAACUGUGACUGCAGCAUCAAUCCGCUUUAUGAGUGGAUGCAUAAAACUAACGUAACCGUACGCAAUCGAGAUUACCUGAAGUGUUAUCGUAACAAAAAGCACGAGGAAGUGAUUCUCUCGCUGAACAUGAAGAAAUGUCAAAAGGCACGUGUCGCUAAGCAGGACCACACUGUCACACUAGUCUUUGUGUUGAUCUGUCUGAGCUGUAUCCUGGUGUUGCUUGUUGGGUCGUUAAUUUACGUCAGUAAGGAUAAACUGAAGACAAUGAUUACCCCGGUGGUGGAUCACGUUUCCAAGAAGGUACAGUACACCAGCAUCAAGAAUGAAGAAGCCCCAGAGCAGUACGUAUGAUGCAGCGCGUUGAUCCAACGGGGACCCAAUGUGCCACGGAUGGAGUAUGUGUAAGCAUGUGCCGUUACUGGAGUGAGCCUACCGGCAACAUCUAAUCAUAUCAGUGAAUUCUGUGCUUGGCGGGCUUUUUAGCUGUAAAAAGAGACAAUUUUAUGUUACAACUACGGGAGACCCAUAUGCAACUAAUGCUAAAUGCUCUAAGCAAUAUUGAACAAAAACAUAAAAGACAAACGUACUUAAAAUGACCAUAGGUUUAUUAGAUAGUGAUAAAAGUUUAACUCGAUUCUAAUGGUAAAGCUAAUAGUAAGAAUGAGAGAUUAGUUUAAUUCCGAAAAGAACGUUAUGGUAACAAACCAUGUAAUAAAGAAGUUCACGGUAGAUCCUUGAACCUUAAGUAAAAACUUGUUUUCAAAUUAUGAAGAAAUAAACAUAGAACAUGCCAUCUUUAAACGAAUUGGCAGCCCUA